AUGGCCAGCAUGAAGAAGCCCUGGGCAAUAGUUGGUGCGAGCAGAGGAAUCGGCGCCGAGUUCGUGCAACAGCUUCUGGACAGCCAGCACAAUGUCAUCGCAACGACACGGAAAGCGAUCGCUGAAGAAGCCCAAUCCCGCUGGCCGAGCGAUGUGAGGCCCUCGAUCUAUGAUCUAGACAUUCUUGGCGAGCCGAGCAUCAAUGCUUUUGUUGCGAAACUACUCCAAGAUGGUGUCCAGCGAAUAGACUAUCUCGCUGCUUUAAACCACAUGCUGAGGCACAUGGCGGCCGAGUUGCAGCGCAAGAAUAGCACGACCGUUGUAAUUGCUCUUCAUCCAGGAGAGGUGGCUACAGACAUGGCGAACAUCGAUCUGGGCUGGGAAGUCGUUGGACAAAUGACUCCAGCGGAGAGCGUGUCUUCGUGCAUUCCGGUAAUCGAAAGCAAACAUCUAGAUGACAGCGGAACUUUCUGGACAUGGGGGGACAAGGUGCUUCACAGACUCAGACCUCUCAUCGCACACAGUGAGCAGGACGACUUCACCGCACUUCCUUCCCUCUGGCUCACAAAGAAUCGCGCCUCGAAUCUCAACGCAAUGGAGAAGCUGCAAAUCUGA